AUCCAAUAUGCAAGUGAAGUUUUUAUAUUGCUACUAAGGUGGGGAAAUUGAUAAUUUGAAAAAAUUGAAAUCGUCUCGUUUGUCAUAUAUUUUGGUAGUGAGAUGACCGCUUAUGUCAAAUUCGAGUUAUAAGUCUAAAAAUAAGGCGCAUGAAGCUGUGUCUGUUGUUUCUUUAAUUUCUUGUUCUGGAGGAUAUAUUAAUGGUCUUUUUGUUUUUGACAAUCGUCUAAAGGGAACUCCGACUCAUAUGAAAAUAAGAAGAGGUCGGCAACCAGAGGCGCACAGUUCGUUCCCAUAGGAAUACCGACAAUUUGUUGAAAAAGAUUACCUCCAAAUUCAGCAAAUAUGUUGUUCAUGUUGUCUAUAAUAAAUUCCAGUAUACCGAUCACUUGUUCUUCUGCGUAGCAUGUUUAAUCUUUCUGUUCAAUAUUAACAAAAUAUGCCGUAUAGUAUCCCAAAAUUAUAACUUUAUAGCGUAUGCUACCAUUUUUAUAUUAAAAAGCCUUGUGGAUUAUUUCUUUUAGACGAUUUUUUCAAUUUCACAUGGUGAAUUUUGGUAUACAGGGUUGAAAAAUCAAAAGUUUUGAUAGAAUUAUUUUCAGAAAUAGAUCAAAAUUUAUAAUUAUCCUGAAGUUCUCUAGAGUUUCUAAGAAUCCACAUGUGUUUAAUACCACUACGCGAGUAAACAGUUUCACAGUAUUUCUGAAGAACCUCUUUCAGUGCGGACAAAAUUUUUGUCAAUCUAAUGGACAUUUAGAACAUGCAGAUGAGCUGGCAAUGUAUCGUUGUGUGUACGGAAUUUUGUGAAUCUUAGGUAUCCAAUACAAACAAGGUAAGUCCUCAGAUUUUAUGUUUAAUGUAAGCCAUGGAAGCCAUGAAGGACUUAUGAUUCGCCAUAAUCUUAUCCUUGGCAAAUAUAGGCAACAUUAGUAUACCGCUGUUCAAAAGUCAUAAAUUGAUUGAGAGAAAACAAAUCCGGUUCACAAACUAAAACCGAGGGAAACACAUCAACUAUAAGAGGAAAACAACGGAACAACAGAAACACUGAAGUGCAACAAAAACAAACGCAAACAUACAUAGAAACGAACUUUUUGAUAACAACUGCCAAAUGAUAUGUUUUUGUAUGUUGGAUUACCUGAAUGCUCAUUUAUUCCUAAUUCUUUUACUCGUAGUAGUACGAUUUACAUACACAUACCGUAUCAUUUGAAUCUUUGUCCGCAGGAACAACAACAUAUUUAUCGCGAAAAGAUGAUAGACAUUUCACAGCUUUUUUGUCUCUGAAAACGGACUUUGGUCGAUCAUUCACACAGUUUUUCAACUUAUGAAUUUGACGUUUUAUCAGAGACCUGAUUGUUUCGACCCACUCUGACAAAGUGUCCAGUUCAACUUCAUCGUUUAGCAUAUGCGCUGUCGUAGUCCUCAAUGGAAUCCAAUAUGGUUCCAAUUGAUGUGUUGGGGUUCUUAGGACCAUGAGAUAUCACCUUUCGAUAUUGAAGAUGUCCUGUCACUCAAUACCAAACAUUUCAAUGAGUGCUUACAUCAAUUAUAUACCACUGAAUAUGAUAUUAAGAGUUAUGAUAAAGAACUACGACAUCAAUACCAAAUAAUGUUUUACAGUCACCAACAGGGUUGUAUACUAUUGACGAAAAAUGUCAUAGACGAUUUUACCUGUGAGGGAAAGAAGAUUGUCAGAAGCGCCGAGAUAAGGAAGAGAAAAAAUGUCCCAUAUAGCUGCUCAGCUCCUAUCAAUUCCUGGAAAGUCAAGCAAAUCUUCGUCAAUACAGAUCAAGUUUAAACGAAAAUGGAUCCUCUCUUUUAACAGCAGAAUGUUUAUGGUGUCAUUUUUUAAUUGCCAUGGAGGGACACACAAUGUCGUCAUAAUGAACGUCUCGGACAUCUUCGACAAUCAAGGCUAAAGCUGAAAAAACAGGGAUCAGUAGUUUUACCACCAGGUUUUCCUUGUUAAAGAAAGUAAUUUAAUAUCUCUUAAACUACAAUUCAAACUUCACUAAAAUGAAUCAUUAAAGCUAUAAAAGAGAGGCGAAAGAUACCAAAGGGAUAUUCAAAUGCAAAGACAGAGCACAAACUGACAAUGCCAUGGCGUUAUCACAGAUAUGUCGACAAUACUGGCUUUUAACAAGAUUUCUAGCUAGAUGUUUACACAUACAUUGCUGAUCACAACGGGCAGUAACAGUUGAUCGAAAACAUACGUUUAAUCAAGAAUAGGAUGUUAAUAUUACCCAUGAGCAACUAAAAUGUUUUUAGUGUCGUUUUUGAAUUGCCAGAGGGAGACACGAUUUCGUUAUAAUGUCCUAGUAGUGUAUGAAAUCCUGAAUAACAGCAUUUUAGGAAAACUUCUAUUCGGCUCAUGAAAAAAAGAAGGAAAAAACAGUUUGGCAGAUAAAGCAUUCUUCAUUUCCAUACCAUCUUUUAUCUUCAAGGAAAGACUCGGAAAUCGUCAACAAUACAGACCUCAUAUGAGCGAAAAUGGAAGGGCACCAUUACAAACAGCUGCAUUUCCAGGAAAGUCAAGAAAAUCGUCGUCAAUGAAGAUCUAGUUGAAACGAAAAUGGAUCCUCUCAUUUAACAGCAGCUUUUUACCAUUUGUUAGAUUGGUUUGAGAAUAAAUUAUCAGCAACUGAUAGUCUUAUUGCUUGAGCCCAAUCGUUGGUUAUGCUUAAUGGUCAGGCCAUUACAGUAAAAAGUCUACAACUUGCCUGUUGUGUCUCACAGAUUACACCAAUUCAAGUCAGUUCUACGUCUACAACCAACGCGUCAUCCCUUGACGUACAGUAAAUUGACAACAACUUGUCUACACAUCUCCUGAACAGGAAAUACAACGGAGCAUCGUUCGUAGCUGUUACGUUGACACUACGCAACAUAGCUUGUGUGUUUAGGCAGCAAACCAACAACGUUGAACCAACAUUGCCUACAGUUAGUUGAUUUACAUCAUGGAUCCCAGUCACGCGGAACAGCAGGACGAGGUUCAACCCCCAGAGGGAGAUGUCGUUAAAGAACAAAUAGAGAACCCGUCUGCUACAACACCUUUAGAUGAAAAUGCCAAGACUAGACGAGUACGUGAACUUAACGAAAAGGGACAAGGAGCCUUUACAGAGAAACGUGACAAGUUCUAUCAUGACUUAGAGGUCCUAUGGUCAGACCUAGAAUUCCAUUUAUUGGAAACGACCACGCCUUCUAACGACCUCCAGCAAUUGCAAACAGCACAAGAUAAAAUUGUACAAGCCUGUACUAAUUACCGCAGGCUCACAGACGAGUACUUGAAAUUUCUUAAGAAUACAAGAACGUUAGACAGUCUUAAAGACAUUGAUACGUGUAAACUUCCAACGUAUAUCCGAAUGUCUAAAGUUGACCUGGCAAUUGAAACUUUACACGAGCAUCGCCUCACCCUGACAAAGGUUAAAUCUACAAAAACGAAGACAUCUAAGGGCAAGAAAACCUCGCACAGUGGGAGCUCAAACGUCUCUGAUAUGUCAAGCCUAGCACGGGGGAAGCGUGCCAAAGCAGAGACUGCUAAGUCUAAAAUUGCCUUUGCUGAAAAACAUACCCUGAUCCUUAAACAGCAAGCCUUAUUAGAAGUACAAGCUCUGUUCAGACAAACAGAAGUCAAAGCCGAAAUGGAGCAAGACGCCAUCCAAGCAGAUCAGGAGGUCGCUCAAAGAAAAGUUCAAUUAGAACAGGAGGCCGCCCAAAGAAAAGCUAACGAAAUACGCAGGAAAGCUCAAUUGGAACAAGAGGCUGCGCGUGUAAGCCGGGAAAGAGCUGAACUAAAGGCCAAUUUGAACCUUUUAGAAGCACAGAGAGAAGCUGCAGCCGCAGAAGCGAAGGCUCGUAUCCUAGAGUACCAUGACAGCCAAGCGCUAGACGAUCUCCCUGACGAGACGGAAGACCUGCUCCAACGUGUGCAAGACUUUGUUAAUAAACAUCCUGAACCAACUGCCAUACAGGAAGUGACAGCCCCUCAUCAGAAAAAACAAACUCCUGUUAAAAUUGAGCUAAGUCAUGAAGCGCCAGACUUCGUGUCCUCCGUGGCAUUGAAUCUGCCAUCCAUCACAGACACCUGCGGUCUUGCCUUCACAUGCUAAGUCACCGGAAGUUAAAGUAUUCCCAGAUCUCGGAAUAAUAACUGGCAUAGGAAAACAAUGCGUUUCAGAAGAGAUCCCUGUUGCAUACCAAAAACUAGGCGUUUCAGAGGAGAUCCUUGAUAAACACCAAAAACAGGGUGUUGCAGAAGAGAUCCCUGUUGCACGACAGCAACAAAUCAACCCUACGUCGGAGAUAACCAGAUUUCCCCUACGCAAGGACAUGCUGUUCUCCCGGCUAACAAGCUUUAAUGACCGGGCAGAAUCCUUCCAUACAUGAAGUCAGCUUUAAAAACGUAAUAGACAAAUUACAGGUUUCGGACUCGGAACAGAUAGAUUUUCUGAUCAAUUUGCUCGGUCCAGAGUCUGCUAAACAUGCCAUUAGCAUAAGAGCGUCGAACGCAAAUAAUCCUACAAAAGGCAUACAAAGAUUAUGGAAGAGGCUUGAUGAGCGGUAUGGUGCUCUAGAAAUGUUGGAGGCUUCUCUCACAAGUAAACUCGUCAAUUUUCCAACCUUGACAAAUAAAGACAAUGCACGUCUCUAUGAACUGUCUGAUAUCUUAUCAGAAAUAGAAUAUCACAAGGAAAAUCCCUAGCUGGGAUCUUUGCUAGCUUAUUUCGACUCACCGUCCGGAAUAAACCCUAUCAUUGAAAAACUACCCUAUGGACUUCAAGAAAAGUUGAUAACUAGGGCAUCUAGAUAUAAAUCGAACCACGAUGUUGCCUUUCCGCCUUUUACGGAGCUAUCUGCAUUCAUCAGUGAAAUAAGCAAAAUUAAAAACGACCCUGGGUUCAUCUUUGGGUCAAAAGCUACACCUAAUACAAAAGGUGCUGCGCCUAGGUUCACGUCUCACCCCAAUAAUAAAGUUGGUGCUCAUAAAACAGCGGUUGAGCAGCAAUCUGGAGACGCUAUUAAACAAGGUCUUUGUAUUCUGCACAAUACAAAGCAUUCCUUAAAUGAAUGUCGAGCGUUCCGGGCCAAGUCAAUAGAGGUACGCAACGGUCUUUUGAAACAAAACAAUGUAUGUUACAAGUGUUGCAAUUCCACCACACACAGAAGCCGGGAAUGCAAUGCACGCAUAAGUUGUAAAGAAUGUGGAAGUUAACAACACACUACUGCACUUCACAUCACUAAACCACAGCAAAUUGCAAGUUCUCAGUCUAGCUAGCCCAAGCAAGCCUACGGCAGGGAGCCACCAGAAUCGGCUGAAACUAAGUCAACCUCAGUUACUUCUACCUGUACCGAUAUCUGCAAGGAUACAUAUAGCUGAAAAUUUUGUGCUAAAAUACUACCUGUGAAUGUUUAUCACAAGGAUAACAAGGACAAAAUUAUCCGGAUGUACGCCAUCAUUGACGACCAAAGCAACCGGUCACUAGCAUUGGCCUUAUAUUUCCAUCUUUUCGACGUAAAAGAUAAACCGGAAAACUAUACCUUAUCAACAUGCUCCGGCAGAGUAGUAACUUCCGGGAAAAGAGGAAGAGGUUUCGUCAUGGAAUCAAUAAAUGGUAAUGACAAAUUUGACCUGCCUGUAGUAAUAGAAUGUGAUCAUAUUCCAAAUAAUAGGGACGAAAUACCUACUCCUGAAGUCACAAUGCAUCACCCUCAUUUACAAGAACUCAGAAGUUGCAUUCCACCAAUAGAGGAAAAUUGCCAAAUUAUUCUCUUAAUUGGCAGAAACCUUAUAGAGGCACAACAUAUCCUUGACCAGCGCAUUGGACCACCCAGAACUCCAUAUGCACAACAAUUGAAGCUGGGUUGGGUAGUGAUAGGAGAAACUUGCAUUAACAAACAGCAUGUGCCUUUUGAACUAAACGUCCAAAUUACCAACAUUAUAAUUACAAGACAACCGUCCACGUUUCAACCAUGCACAAGCAAGUUUGACAUCCGGGAAAAUUACACAGAUCCCGUUAAGAAAGAUUUACAAUCGCCACUCUUUGAAAAAACAAGAGACGAUGAUAAGCCUGGAAUUUCAUAUGAAGACAAAAUGUUCAUGAAGCAGAUGGACAACGAAUUUUUGAGGGCCACGGAAGGAAGUUGGGUAGCACCGUUACCGUUCCGAGUGCCAAGACAGCCAUUGCCAAGUAACAGACAACAAGCUCUUCAUUGUGCUAAUCUAUUAGACGCCAGUCUGAGUAGGAACCCAGUAAAACGGGAACACUUUCUCACAUUCAUGAGUAAGAUUCUUGACAACAAUCAUGCAGAGCUUGCCCCACCGUUGGACGACCAUGAAAAAUGCUGGUAUUUACCAUUGUUUGGUGUUUAUCACCUCAAGAAACCCGAUCAGAUUCGGGGUGUGUUUGAUUCUUCCGCAAAAUGUAACGGAGUCUCGCUUAACAGCGUCCUGCUAACAGGUCCCGACUUGACCAAUGAUCUCUUAGGAGUAUUGCUGCGUUUCAGGAAAGAAAUGGUCGCAGUAACUGCAGACGUUCAACACAUGUUUCACUGUUUUGUAGUCAGAAAAGAACACCGAAAUUAUCUGAGAUUUUUAUGGCAUAAAGAUAACGACCUAGAAGAGAACCUUGUCGAAUACCGCAUGAGAGUUCAUGUUUUCGGAAAUAGGCCGUCACCUGCCGUUGCUACGCUUGGUCUCAGAAAAGCAGCACAGGCAUCAGAACAAGAGUUUGGCAGUCACGUGACUAGCUUUGUUACAAGAGAUUUCUAUGUCGACGACGGUCUUACGUCAUGUCCUACAAAGGAGGAAGCUGUGAAACUCAUGAAGGACACACAGCAAGCAUUAGCAAAAUAUGGAAACUCAAGGCUUCACAAGUUCGCCUCUAGUUGUGCGGAAGUUAUGUCUGCAUUUCAAGCCAGUGAUUUGGCUUCUAUUCUUAAGGAUCUAGACUCAGAUGUCGACAGAAAACCCCUGCAACGUAGUCUUGGACUCAGCUGGGACAAUAAACACUGACAACUUCUUAUUCCAAUUGUCACCAGAAAACAAACCGAUCACUCGGAGAGGAAUUUUAUCAACAAUUAACAGCAUCUACGAUCCUCUUGGAUUUCUGGCUCCAGUGAUUAUACAAGGGAAACUCCUAUUAAGGAAAAUAAUAUCCGAAACCGUCGAUUGGGACCUCUCUCUGAUGAGGCAGCAACUGAAUGUAAAUCUUGGAGGGAUACUCUUAUUGCCAUUGAAACAUUGGGCAUUCCACGUACCUACGGGCCGUAUCUCAGCAAAACCACCACAAAGGAGUAAUCCCGCAGAUUCGGGAACAAGGUCCGUUCCAGCCCAAGAAAUUCAUAGCAGUGAAUGGUUAUUGGGACCGAGACAACCUCUUUCCUCGGAACAGAAGAAUUCCGAUGGCAUUUAUCAGCUAAUAGAUUCAUAGGAAGAUGGAAAAACCCGUGCAACUGUUAAUGUUGCAAAAACAUUAGCCACACCUGAGCAUAAAGGUAUCGGAACUGAUAGAUUCAACCGUUUCUCCAACUGGACAUCACUUGUGCGAGCGAUAGCCUUUUUAGAACGUUUCUCAGGUUUACACGGAUCAAAUCAGGCGGCAUCAGUAACUUCUCUGGAAAGUUUUUCGAAUGCUGAAAAUUUCAUCUUAAUAUCUGCACAACAUGAAGUUUACGGAGAUGAAAUAGAUUGCAUUACACGUCAGGAACAAAUUGAUAAGCGGAGCCCGAUAGCUAACCUCAAUCCGUUUUUGGACGAACGAGGACUAUUACGAGUAGGAGGCCGUAUUGUCAAAUCUGACUUAAACAUCCAUGAAAAGAAACCAUUGAUCGUCUCUGGACGCCUUCAUAUAGCGACAUUAUUAGUCCGACACUACCAUGACAAGAUAAAACAUCAAGGUCGCCAUUUCACAGAUUUGAUCCGCAGGAUUCUGGAUCGUCGGAGCAAAACGCUUAAUCUCUUCCAUUAUUCACAAAUGUGUGACAUGCUGCAAACUCAGAGGAAAAACCGAGUAUCAAAUCAUGUUUGAUUUGCCAGAGGACCGUCUUGAACCGUCACCUCCGUUUACUAACGUCGGAAUAGACACCUGUGGACCCUGGACAAUUGUUUCACGUAAAACACGUGGUGGAUACGCCAACUCAAAACGUUGGGCAAUUGUAUUCACAUGCUUAGUGACAAGAACUAUUCACAUCGAACUAAUCGAGGAAAUGAGUUCUUCAACCUUCAUAAGCGCCGUCAGGAGAUUCGCCGCUAUUAGAGGCCAAGUUAAGAUUUUCCGAUCUGACCGUGGAACGAACUUUUUUAGCGCAAUCGACGAUUUAAAGAUUGACUCAAUCAAUGUUGAAGAUGGACCCUUCAAGAACGUUCUGUACAAUUCUGGUACAACUUGGAUCUUCAAUCCACCGCAUUCGUCGCACAUGGGUGGAGCCUGGGAGAGAAUGAUUGGUAUCACCAGGAGAAUUCUUGAUUCUAUGCUUUUAAAUGCAGCCGGAAGAAGCCUUACGAAUAACGUGCUGAACACACUUAUGGCAGAAGUUUCAGCAAUAGUGAACUCUAGACCUCUGGUACCGGUAUCAACAGAUCAAGAGAAUCCGUUAUGAUUAACUCCGGCUAUGUUAUUGACACAGAAAACCGACUAAAUUUUCACUUCAGAUCAUCUAGGAGAAUUCGACAAACGAGAUCUAUGUCUUGCAGAAUGGAGACGAGUACAGGCUCUUGCCAGUGUUUUCUGGUCCCGUUGGAUGAAAGAGUACCUGCCGUUACUACAACAACGACGAAAAUGGACCGAAGAUCGCCGUGAUCUCAUCAAAGGAGACGUCAUUCUUCUAAAGGACAAAAACCUUUGCCGAACCCAGUGGCCCGUUGGAAUUAUAGUGAACUCAUUUAAAUGUUCCGACGAACAUGUCCGAAAAGCAGAAGUGCGAGUAAUCGUUAAUGGAAAAGCCACUAUCUACACUCGCCCCAUCGUGGACAUGAUUCUUCUGUUAGAGAACGACCUUGUAUAAUUCUGUGUACAUAUAUUGGAUCUAUAUUGUGACAUUCAUAUGUGUUAUAUUUUAUGGAAUAGUGAUAUCAGAUAGAUAUCAGACGGGGAGUAUCUGUAACCUCAUUCGUCAUUUUAUAAAGUUUGUUUAAUUAUAUUCUUAAUCUAUUUAUGCGUUCCUGACCUAGGAGGAUUAUUUAUCGUUAAACCGUAUAGAAUGUCAAAACAUCGUAUCAUCGUUACCUUUCCCUUUCUUACACGUACCUCGAACUGAAUACUGCAAGGUCAUCUCAGUACUGGAGAAUAUUUUGAUGACAAACGUCAUCUAGGACACAAUUCGUGGCUAACCACAGAGUGAGUUACAUUUAUAACUUUGUAUUUGAUGCCUUCAAAUUGUUCUUUACAUAAUUGAACUCUUUUAUCCGUGAUAUACUGGAAACUUCGCCUUUAAUAAAUGCAUCUUUAUUUCGCGUUCUAUGGACUUUGCUUUUGUCUACACUUGACAUUCAUACAUUAUAAAAUUAAUUGAACACAUUGUAAAAUUGUAUUUCAUUUUGUAUUUUCAGCUUUUUACCAUUUGUUAGAUAGGUUUGGGAAUAAAUUAUCAGCACCU